UCCAGAAGUCCUUUCCCAUUGCGUUAUGCCCGCUAAGCCUGCUCUCAUUUUGCACCCUCCCCUACGAAAUUGAUAUUGGGCGAAUAAAGCCCUCAACCGUGUCAAGCUGAAGCCCUCAAGUAAGAGAGUCAACGCAAAUGCUCACAUUUCUUGGUUCAGUUAUACCAAUAUUAUAUGAAUAUCGGAAACAUGGAUAAAGUCGGAUCCAAACAAACUGUGACCGGUCUUGUUAGUCGUCUGCUUCUCGUCAAUUCGGUGUUGGCCGAACAGAACUCGUGCCAACGAAGCCCAGUGAGGGCCGGGUUGUUACUAGUUGAACAAACUGUCUCUGAAUCAAGAAUCUUUUCGCCUGAUCUUGAGAUGAGUGCUUCUCCCACCAGACGGCUACUUCGACGCGGGAAGGUGCCUACCUGCACGCAUUUUCAGCGUAGACAGCCUCAAGCGCGGGUGGAGGAGAUCUUGGGAUAGAUACCUCGUGUCUGCUAAGGAGUUUUCAGCUGGAAGGAUCAACAUCGGACAAAGAGGAGAGCGCAUUGUAUUGAUUCCCUAUCAGGUGUUCCAUUAGUGGCAAAUCCUCGAAACUCGACCGUAAUAGUCUGAUCAGGAAGUCGCGAUGGUUCAAAGCCAUCCCUUUAUUUCCGCUAGAGCUCUGCCGACCUUCACCCUUGACGCUGUCCCACCUAAAGCUCAGCUCCCCACCGCCGCGAUUAGAUAAGAUAGAGACCCCUGCCGAGCGGUGGAAAUCAAUCGCCACCAAGGGAAUCGGAACGCUUAAUUAGCGUCCCUUUCUCGUGAUGGUUCCUUUCUAAUUGCAAGAGAGUUGCGUUGUAGUACCUCCCUUACCUACCUAUAGCAUAGGCAGCCCGAUCCCCAAACCUCCAAACGCCACCACACCUAGAUGUCUUGAUCGACAGCACACUCUACACGACAUUUGUCAUUCGUGCCGUCACCCCCUCUGGUCUUGUGCGAAGCUCAAAACGUCGCCAUUCCCACCUAGCCCCUCCAACCCUUACAAACGAUUCUCACCAUCUCGAUAAUUCACCCUAGAGCUAGGCACACUCACUCCGCCGAAACCACAACGCCGAAACCACAACACCGCAACCAUGGCGGAUGAAGACAAACCCCAGACUCUCAAAUCUGUCUUCACCUCGGCCGAAAAGAAGCGUUUCACCCUCGAAAACUCGUACGAGGCCUCGUCGCCGAACUACCUUGACGACCUUCGCAACGCCAUCUCCGAGUACGAGACCUGCCUCGACCUCAUCUCCCGCGCCGCCCUCUUCUCCCCUAACGAGUCGCUCGAGGACCUCUCCACCUCAUCCCUACCGUAUCUCCUUAUCACCGCCCACCUUGCCGACUUGCAUCAGAAGCUUCCCUCGCGCCGUCCCAUCGAGCGCCGCGUCGCCCUCGAGCGCGCACGUGAGUCUUACGAGACCUUCCUCGGGUUCCUUGACUCCUACGACCUCCUGUCUGCUCAGCAAAAGAUACUUUACGAACGCUACACCGAUGAGCCCCUCGCCUUUUCGACCCUCGGCACCAACGACGCGGCUAAGCGCCGCGACGUGAAAAUUGCAAACUUCAAAUCGGAGCGCGCCCUCCGCGAGCGACUGGACACGCUGCGCCGGAACCCGCGGUACCAGAACGAAGAUGGUGACGACGAGGUUGUCCGCGAACUACACCUAGCCCACCUAGCGUAUGCGGCACACAUGGCCUUUCAAGGCUUGGAGGGCAUCAACCGCGAGCUCGAGGUCCUGGCUCAGGCCACCGUGCCCCUGAUGCCGUCCCCGACGUCCGUGGAGGAGGAUGAGCGACGCCGCGCGGUCGAACGUAGUUCCGACGGCUACGUCGAGCGUCUCGAGGCACCGCGCCGGCUACAAAGCUUGUUUGGUCAGCGGGGAGGCCCGAUACUGUCCAAGGAUGGCAAGCCACUACAGCCUUUCACCCUCGUCGGUAACCGGGGGCAGAUGGCUGCGGACGUGUUCCGGCCGGGCCACAACCUGCCGACGAUGAGCAUCGAUGAGUACCUCGAAGUGGAGCGUGAGCGGGGGGGUAUCAUAGAGGGAGGCGGCGAGGCAAGCUGGCACCGACCGGAACCGGAUGAAGACGACUUUGACAAGGCCGAUGAGGAGACGAUGAAGGCGAGAGCCUGGGAUGAGUUUGUCGAGGCAAACCCUAAGGGUUCGGGAAACACGUUGAACAGGGGUUGAG